AACGCGCAUGCGCCGCCGGGGCGGCAGCCGCCACUUCCAGCAGGAUUGCGAUUGCAAUAAAUCGCUUGAGCGGUGGCUACGUUUCAUCAAUCGAGGUGUUUCUGGAGUACCAUGCUGUUUCCUCGUGCAGCUCCGCAGCUGCUUCACACCCGCAGCCGCGAGGCAAAGGAUGCUUGCAGAGCAAAGACAUGACAGCGCUGGCUAUGGGAAAGGUAUCAACUGCCUGCAAUCUCCUGCUGUUCUGCUCCCGUCCCCGGCUGGUCGGUGGCUGCUGCCUGUUACUCCCAGCCUAUGGAUUCUUCCUGACAGCCGUGUGUAUAUUCUGCUACGGCAGCUCACUGAGGGGCGAAUUCGUGCACGACGAUGUCUGGGCGAUCACGAAUAAUCUAGAUGUCCGCCCAGGGUCCUCACUCCGAAAUGUGUUCCUGAAUGACUUCUGGGGAAAGAGGAUGGCAGAUAAUACCAGCCACAAGUCCUAUCGACCCCUGUGCAUCCUCACUUUCCAGCUAAACGUCUAUUUGGCUGACAUGGCACCUUAUUAUUUCCACCUGAUAAAUAUCGUUUUGCACUGUGCUGUAACUGCUCUACUGAUGUACACUUGCAACAAGGCAGUAUUCAAAGACAAUCAGCUGGCCUUUUUCACAGCUUUGCUGUUUGCUGUGCAUCCUGUACACACUGAGGCGGUUGCCGGAAUUGUAGGCAGAGCGGAUGUUUUAGCCUGUUUACUAUUUCUUUUGGCCUUCCUGUCCUAUAUUAGGAGUGUGGACCAAAGUGAUACUGGGGAACAUUUCCCUCCUACCACCUCCCCCUUGUACUUCGGCCUCAGCUUAUUCCUGGGAACCUGUGGAAUGCUAGUAAAAGAAACUGGAGUCACUGUCUUUGGAGUGUGUUUGGCAUAUGAUCUUGGUGUUUUGUGUCAGAAGAAUCUUAAACGGUGUGGGUCUGCAGACCAGAGUCUUUUGAAAGUUGUAGGACCAUUCGUGAAGAGAGCUGUCAUUCUAACAAGUUAUGUGAUCGUUAUUUUAUGUUUUCGUCUAUGGAUUAUGGAUGGAUCAAUGCCUUUAUUUUCAGAGCAAGAUAACCCUGCUUCUUUCUCUCCUUCUCGUCUUACAAGGUUUCUUACUUACUCAUACCUCCUAGUUUUUAAUGCAUUGCUGCUGCUGGCGCCCAUUACUUUGUGCUAUGACUGGCAAGUGGGAAGUAUUCCACUCGUAGAGUCUGUCUGGGACCCUCGGAACAUUGCAACAGUACUUUUUGGAUUCAUCAUGAUACUGCUGUGUCUGCAUUGUUUGACAGCAGUGAAGAAACUGGAGCACAGAGAGGUUUUGGUUGGCCUCUUAUUUCUGGUUUUCCCAUUUGUUCCUGCCAGCAAUCUUUUUUUCCGUGUAGGAUUCGUUGUUGCUGAGCGAGUGCUCUAUAUGCCCAGCAUGGGUUAUUGCAUCCUUGUGGUUCAUGGUUUAAACAAACUUUGCUCAUUAGUGGGUAGAUGUGGAGUCACAGCAGUCACCGUUUCUACCUUCAUACUCCUGUUGCUGUUUUCAUGGAAGACUGUGGAGCAGAAUAAGGUCUGGUUAUCUCGGGAGUCUCUUUUCAGAUCUGGAGUGCAGACACUGCCGCACAAUGCUAAAGUGCAUUACAACUAUGCUAAUUUCCUGAAGGACCAGGGACGCAAUGAUGAAGCAAUUUACCACUACAAAACAGCUCUCAAAUUAUUUCCACGCCAUGCAAGUGCAUUGAAUAAUUUGGGAACCCUAACCAGUGACCCAGUAAAGUCAGAAGAAUACUAUCGCCAAGCCCUUCAGAUAAAUCCUCAGCAUAAUCGGGCUCUUUUCAAUCUGGGAAAUUUACUCAAAGCCCUAAAUGUAGCAAGGAAUGCAGAUAUUCUGUCACCGCUGGGAGCUCUGUACUACAACACAGGUAGAUAUGAAGAGGCCUUGCAGGUUUACAAGGAGGCUACAAUACUUCAACCUGAAAACAGUGAGGUCCAUUUAGCACUGGCCCAGGUUCUCGCCAUGGUUGGGAAAGUAAAGGACGCAGAAAAACUGGCCAAUCAUAUUGCAGAGAAACAUGCUAAAUGUGUUGAAUGUUAUCGUCUUUUGUCUGCCAUUUACAGCAAACAAGAGAAGUACAACAAGGCACUUGAAGCUAUUGAGAAGGCCCUUAAAAUGAAACCUAAGGACAUGAAGGUCAUUGCAGAGCUUUAUUUCUCAAAGGGAAAUCAAUUGAGGGAACUGAAUCUGCUUGACAAAGCAUUUGAAAAUUCUAAAGUGGCUGUGCACCUUAACUCUGAACAGGCUCAGGCUUGGAUGAAUAUGGGGGGAAUACAGCAUAUCAAGUUUUUCAUAUUUCUUCCCCUAACAGCAUUGGUGAUAAUAGAAAGAACUGAUAAUUCUUAG